AUGGAGGUCUCCAAUAACACAGACGCCGUAAAUCUUGGCGUUGGUGAAGUAGAAGCAGAAAUAGGAGAGGAGCUUAAACAGUUAGAAGAAGCUAAAGAUUAUGACACACGCAGCGAAGUAUCUAGUUCGUCUUCAAGCGAUUCCAGCACACCUAGUAUUAGUUCUGGUUUGCUAGAUUGGGAAGUGAGUCUCGACAUGAUGGACCCCCCAUAUCAUGGCAGUAGCAGUUCUGCUGCUGCUGAAGCUUAUGUUGCAGAAUACAUGCGAUCAAUGCAUCAUCAGCUACCUCCACUACCAUAUGUUCCACCACCAGGGUUUAGUGGUGCAUUAGCAUCUUACGAAGGAUUGCCACCACCGCCUCCACCACCAAGAUACUACGACUUGGCUGAUUAUCCUAGAUCUGUGCUUGUGUAUGAUAAGAGGUCAUAUGAAAGGUCAGUAGAUGAAUUUUUGUGGCGCACCACUGAUCGUUCCCGUGGACGCAGUCGUGAACGUGAACCCCAUAGAUCAUACAGAGAUCGACGC